AUGACUGCUGUCGGAGUGCCAAUUAAAGUUUUACACGAAGCCGAAGGGCAUGUUAUUACGUUGGAAACGACUAUCGGAGAAGUCUAUCGCGGGAAACUUGUCGAGGCUGAAGAUAACAUGAAUUGCCAAAUGGCCGAAGUUACUGUUACUCUUCGAGAUGGGCGAACUCAAACACUCGAAAACGUUUUUAUUCGUGGAUCGCAAAUUCGUUUUAUGAUUUUGCCUGAUAUGCUUAAGAAUGCUCCAAUGUUUAAGAAUAUCGGUCGUGCUCAACGUGGCAGUCAGGGAAUGGGUGCUGGUGGAGCACCACGUGGACGUGGAACUGCUUUCCGUGGUGGUCCUCCACGUGGAGGGCGUGGACGUGGUGGAGGAAUUCCUCGUGGUGGGAUGCCAUUCCGUGCUUGA